CUGUUCAAUCGCGGUUGCUUAUAGAUUUAUAAUAAUUUAUAGAUUGUUAAAGAUUCUUCAAACAAAAAAAUGAGUACCGAAGUCUACAAGCCUGUACUAACCCGUGAAAAUCGCCUGGAACUGUUUACCUUGGACGAGUGUAAAGAGAUUUUGUUAAAUUUAUUAAACGAUAAGAAACAGCGGGGUGUCUUGAAACGUUUUGAAAUAGUGCCGGCCUCGGAACAUGUGGGUUUCUUGGGUGAAUACUUUCACCUGAAUCUCACCUAUCAGUUGGAGCAACAAGAAAAUGAAACGACCACGCGACUGUUUGUCAAAUCAGUGAUUUUUCAGAAUGCCAAUAUGGAAUUCUAUAUGGAGAAGAUGGGCAUCAUUAAAAAGGAGAUUAAGCUGUAUGAAUUGCUGCUUAGUCGGUUAAAGCAGUUUUCCCCCCAUGUCUGGUGUGCCAAGUGCUAUUUCAGCCGCGAUGAUCUUUUUGUGAUGCAAAAUGUGGAGGACAUGGGUUAUGUGGCCUUGCCAGCAGGCACUCGUUACCUUAGCGAGGAGCAGCUGAGUCCUAUACUGAAAACCCUGGCCACUUUGCAUGCGUGCAGUAUUGCCUAUGAAAAGGAGCAGGGCAAAACCAUUGGAGUUGAGUUAAAAGAGUGGCUAAAGGAAAUGUCUGUGGAUCCGGAUGUUGAGUGGUACACUACGGGCUUGAGGGCCGUCUUAGCAGUCGUUGCCACCCAUCCCGAUGUCCGCGAUAAUGCCCAAGCUCAGUCAUAUAUAGCUAAAGACUUACCCAGAUAUUUGGAUAACGUGUACUACAUGGUUAACCCCUCACCAGUCCAUCGGAAUGUGUUUGUCCAUCGCGAUGCCUGGGGUGCAAAUGUCUUUUAUCACAAGGAGCAGGCACAGGAGAAGAGAUCCCUCCUAGUCGACUUCCAGCUGUGUCGCUAUGCCCCACCAGCCAUAGACUUUCAUCUGGUCAGCUACCUCAAUCUGGAGCCAUCCAAACGUAAAGAGAUUAUAGGAAAUCUAAUCAAAACCUAUUACAAUACCUUGACUGAGGAUCUCAGGGAAAUGGGCAACGAUGCCAGCAAAGAACAACUAAGUUUCAAGGAAUUUGAGCAAUCCCUCAAGGACUUUGCUUUAUUUGGUGCCACCUACAAUUGUAUAGCUGCCACGAUCCUGCGAUUGCCCGAUAAUUAUCUGAAGAACCUUAAGGAUACAAAACCAGCGGACUUUCAUCGUUUCUGUAAUGUGGAUCGCACUGAGGAUGUUUUACGUUUGAUGAAAGAUCAUCCAGACUUCAGGGAUUAUAUGUACGAGUGUGUGGGAGAUUUACUGGAACUGACAUAUAAUAAAAUAAACUGA